CUCCGCACCGUCCCAGCUCGGGACCCGUACUGCGCUCGCCGUGCACCCGCGGCGCGAUCUUUGGCCAAGAUGGCGGGCAAGCGGGCGCUGCUGAUCCUGGCCAAAGGCGCCGAGGAGAUGGAAGUCGUGAUCCCCACCGACCUGAUGCGCCGAGCCGAGAUCACGGUAACAGUGGCCGGGCUGGCCAGUUGUGAAUCAGUAACCUGCAGCCGUAAUGUGGUCAUUUGCCCUGACUCCAGCCUGCAAGAUGCAAUCAAACAAGGGCCAUAUGAUGUAGUUGUAUUACCCGGAGGAAAUCUUGGAGCCCAGAAUUUAUCUGAGUCUCCUGCUGUAAAAGAAGUUUUGAAGGCCCAGGAAGCUAGAAAGGGUUUGAUUGCUGCCAUCUGUGCAGGCCCCACAGCUCUGCUUGCUCAUGGGAUUGGCUAUGGGCACAAAGUCACAACCCAUCCAUUGGCUAAGGACAAAAUGAUGACUGGAGAUAACUAUACCUACUCAGAAGCUCGUGUGGAAAUAGAUGGGAACAUCAUCACCAGCAGAGGGCCAGGCACCAGCUUUGAAUUUGGCCUUGCAAUUAUUGAAAAGCUUCUGGGAAAAGAGAUGGCUGAGAAGGUCAGGAUCCCCUUGGUUCUGUGAAAUGCCACCUGUGGCAUACUGUGUGGAGGGAUUGGUUCAAUUGUUUUGAAACUAGAAAGUCCCUUGUGCAUCAUUAAGAUAUAAUAAUGUCUUUAAGACUAUCAAGUUAAACGUUAUGAAUGCAGCAGGGAUAUAAAAUGUGAACUCGCCAGAAUUAAAUCCUGACGGUAUAUACAAAAAGCUGCAUUUUUAUUGUGUGAAUCAAAUAGCUGCCAUUUGCUCCGGUUGAGAUGAGAACAUGUCAUCACUUCCCUGGACAUGCUCCGUAUCCUGCUUUUCCCAUGUAACUUCAAAGCAAGACAAUUUUACUUUUUGUAUAGUUUUGCAAAAUUGCUGUUACACAUUUGGGAACGAAAUAUUUUCUAAUUGGCUUCCUAUUCAUUUAGAGAAAUGUUUGCUCAAUCUUUUCAACUGAAAAAUGUGCAUUAGCAGUGUUUUCAAUUUUUUUUCCAUCUCAAAGUUCAGGUGAUUUCUGAAA